AUGCCUCAAGCGCAACCCGAGCUCAAAAAGUAUAUGGAAAAGCGGCUGUUCGUCCAAUUGAACGGCAACCGCAAAGUCAUUGGCGUCCUGCGCGGCUACGAUGUCUUCCUGAAUAUUGUCCUCGACGAGGCCGUCGAAGAAAAAGCCGGCGGCGAGCGCGAGAGAUUGGGCAUGGUGGUCAUCCGUGGCAACUCGGUUGUGAUGCUCGAGGCGCUGGAACGCAUGGGUGAUGACCGACGGUGA